UCCCUGAUAGAACGGAGUAUACAGUAAUUUGAUCAUUGGCCGGAUACUCCCUUAUUCAUGAGACGCACGGCGAAACCUGGAUUCAUGACCAUCUCUGCUGGAUCUUCUAUCCGACCUGCCUACAUAGGGCUAGGCUCUAAAGGCUGCCAGCGUGCCUCCGUCGCAUGUACGAUCACCCCAUCCAGGGAGUGUGUCCAUCAAGUCUCUUCACUGCCCAGAAACGUUAUCGAUGCCAUAUCCGCGGAUAUGCCAAGACCAUUGUGCACGGACCAACGCCUGGCGGUCUGAGCUCCCCUUCUCUCAUCGCUCUUUUCUUGCCGCCUCACAGUUCACCACUCCACAUUCACACUCAUCUCACCCACCAACAUCACAACCACGCCUUCUGCAGAGAUAACCUUACCACAAUCCCUGGAUAGAAGCUUACGUGCACGGAACUCCGAAGAUGACGGAGGUAUCGUCGACCCGGCUGUACCUGGGGAAUCUCCCACGGAACGCGACCAAGGCGGAUGUUGAAGCUCACUUUCAAACCCAUGGGACUGGUGAGAUCACUGAGAUUAAGCUCAUGAAUGGUUUUGGUUUCAUCGAAUACAAGGAUGCGAUGGACGCUCGCGAUGUUGUUCCAGCCUUCCAUGGAUCCGACUUUAUGGGCGAACGUUUGAUUGUGCAGUUCGCACGCGGUUCCCGUCGGAAUGAGAACUUUGUGCCCCAUGAGCGCGCGGCUCCCCGCCCACGCCGCACCCCGUACAGGAUGCGAAUCAGCAAUCUUCCCGUGGAGACCAGCUGGCAGGACUUGAAAGACUUCGCCCGUCAGUCUGGCCUUGAUGUUGUCUACUCGGAAGUCGGCCGCGACCGCGAUGGUACCGGCUUCGUGGAGUAUGAGACAGCGGCUGACCUCAAAGCGGCUGCUGAGAAACUGGACCGCCGCGAGUUCAAGGGACAGGAGGUCCAGUGUGUGCAGGAGAUCAGCGACCCUCCACCGCCCCCACCGUUCAAGCCACGCGCGCCCUAUGGCGCUGGGCCCGAUGACAGAGGUCGUGAUAGGUAUCGUUCCCGCUCUCCAGCCGGACGCCGUGGGUAUCCUCCUGCUCCUUAUGAUGACUACUAUGAUCGCCGCGGUCCUCCACGUGGCUAUAGUCCCCGACGUGACGAUUAUCGACGGCGCACACCUCCUCGCGACUACUACGAAACUCGUGAUAGGUACGCUGAUAGGCGUGGUGGCCCUCCUGAUGAGUACGGCGUCCCUCCGCGACCUCGUUACCCGGAGGAUCCUUAUGAUGCCCGUGGGCCACCUCCUCGCCGCGGCUACGAAGACCCCUAUGGCAAUGGACAUGCGCGUCCGUAUGAAGGCCGCCCUCCGUCUCCUCGUGGUCGGCCUAGGAGCCCGGCGCGUCCUGGCUUUGAAGAUGGAUACCCGCCUCGUGGACGCUACUGGUAA